CUGUCAUCUGCAGCUUCCAUGCUUCAGCAGAUCACAUACACGUAACUGGACGGUAUAAUCAUAUAAUACAAAAUACCUACUAACAAUGAAUUUAUUUACGGUGACCUUUAUCUGCAGCCUGCUGUGCUGUACAAUAAACUGUCAAUACCCACUGGUAGAUAACAACUUCUAUCCCGGAUAUCCGGGAUACGGAGGGGGCUACGGAAGCGGGGUAUCUGGAGGAUGUAGCGGGUUUGCAGGAAUGUUUUCCUAUCUGAUGGGUGGCAAUCGAUGUUGUGGUGGCGGUUGUGGAAGCGGUUCGCCGAUUGUUUACUACCCUGUUCCCGUUCCACCACCCCCUAAUCCACCGUGUCCACCAACGACGACUACCGCGCCGGUUCCGAGCUGCAGCGUAACUAUUGACCACGGACCAUUCUAUCCUUGGAUGUGCGACCAAACUCUCACCCCCGCCACCGUAUCGGGAUGCCCAACAUACAGAGUGACCUUUCAGCUGUUGGGAGGUGUACCUUGUACCUACCUGGAAAGCAACGGCGUGAUCCGGUACAGUACCCUUGGCGGCAGCUGCGCUGUUGGUCCUGGAUACGUUUACACACCAACCCUGACCGCGACGGACAGUUUGACUGGUGCGAUUUUAGCUACCAGUCAAAUCCAGAUAAACACCCAGUCGCUGAGUUUCUGCACUACAACAACAACCACUGGAGCACCUGCUUGCAACGUUCAUAUUGACGCGGGACCGCUUCCUGUCUGGUUAUGCAGUCCAAUGCUUCUUUCGCCAGUCCAGAUAUCCGGAUGUCCGGCUUCCAGAGUGUCUGUUCAACUUUCGGGAAUGCCGUGUACGUACCUACAGAGCAACGGUACAAUACUGUUUGAUUCACAAAGCGGCGGCUGUGCCGUGGGACCCGGCUACGUAUACAGCGGCAUCAUAACGGCGACAGACAACUGGACGGGGGCGACUCUAGCCACCAGUCAAUUCCAGAUAGACACCGCAGAGAUGGGCUACUGUGCUGGAACAACGACCACGACCGCAGGACCGCCUGCUUGUAACGUUACGUAUUCGCUAUCGCAAACAUGGAAUAGUGGAAUAUACUUCCCGACCAGCUGCCAGCAACAGCUAUUUUCUCCCACUUACAUCAAUUGUUAUCCUCCGAGAAUAUCCUGGUCCUUCGGUGAUAUAUGGUGUUUGCAAGCCCUCCCUAACGGCACAAUCAUGUUCAACGCCGACGCAUGGGGAUGCGAGAUCGAUGGCAGUCGGCAUCUGGGAACAAUGAUAAUCAUAGACGAAGACACUCCCCCUCAUCCCCUUGGAGGGCCAUUUGGAACGACGUGGUACAUACAGUUGUACACGGCGGGCCUGGAAUACUGCAAGGCGACAACAACCACAGCCACUUCGACGACAACCACUAUUGGAGGUGGUUAGCGUGAUUGAUUGGAUGGAGCGUUAGAUUGAUUACCACAUAUUUCGACAAAUUCGAGUACAACAAAUAUCCGAAAAAAAAGCCAUCUUUCACAUAAUUAUAUAAGCCGCUAUUAAUAUACUGUACGUAUAUUCCUGCUUACUCGUCAGCCCAUAUUGCGUGCGACGUCACGGUUACCGUUAUCAAAGCAAAAUAAACUGCAAGAGCGGUUAAAGUGCAUGCAGAUUAUGAUAUGCAAAUUUUCUUCCCUCGUAUCUGUCUUCCGUUUCGAAAACAAUAAAAUUACUGCUUCA